GUGCAUUGUAACACCGGAAUUGCAGUAAAUGAUAAGGUCAUACGCGAAUCUGCUGGUGUGGUAGAAUGAGUUGGUCAGUGUUUCAGUUUCGUUUUACAGGCAUCUAACGAUGGCACCAUCAAAGAAAGGAUCAAAACAAGAAAGGAAACCGAGAAGUGCAAUGAGUGAAGUGGUAACACGCGAAUAUACCGUUAAUUUACAUCGACGAUUGCACGGCGUUGGUUUCAAAAAGCGUGCUCCUAAAGCUAUCAAAGCGAUACGGAAAUUCGCAGAAGAACAGAUGGGUACGAAAGAUGUGCGCGUUCACAUACGUCUGAAUGAAUUUUUAUGGUCUAAAGGCGUAAAGAACGUACCAUAUCGUGUGCGCGUACGUCUAUCACGACGACGUAACGAUGAUGAAAGUUCUGCAGAUCGGCUGUACACAUUGGUGACGCACGUUCCUGUCACAACAUUCAAGAAAUUGACAACAGUGAAUGUUGAUAAUGAGGAGUGAUCUUCUGUUGUCGUGGUUGUUUUAUUUCUGUAAAGUAUAAAGGAAUUUCUGAAUCACAUUUGCGGUUCACGGUUUACACAGUAAAUCCUACGAUCUGCG